AUGUCACUCGAAUCAGGUGGCCAAAACAAAUCGAUAAACGAAAAUUUAACAAAAGAAACUUCCACUUCAACUCUUCAAGAUACUAUUAUAACAUCAACACCUAUAGUUCAACAAUCACCAACAAUAUUUCAUAAAUCACCAGUAAUAAUAUCACAAAAAUCUCAAGUUCCUAAUUCUCGUAUACCAACUUUUAAAAAUGCUCAACCAAAAACUACGUCAUCAACGGUUAUCAAAUCAUCGGUUAAAAAAGAUGAUUCAAAAGAUUCUUAUGAUAAUGAAAAGGAAACUCAAAAUACAUUUGAAUUUUCUGAAAAUGUUCAAAAAAAUAAUUUAAAUGACUUAGGUGGCGAUGUAUCAAAUUUAAGUCAUUUAAAUGGUGGUACUUUAAAUUUAAGUGAAUCUAGUGGUAUUGUAUCGAGUGCGGGUAAUUCUGCUGGUGUUGAUAUAGGGACAAGUGGUUCAACUUCUUCAACUACUUCUACAUCUGGAACAACUACUUCUAUUUCUCCUCCUUUUUCUCCUAUACCUGAAAUUCCUUUAUCCGAAUCUCCUUUAAUUGGAACUUCUGAUACUUCAAAAAAAUCUCGUAACACCUUUCAAUUUCAAUCACAAAGUGUAGGUUUAGCUACUGGUCACUUAAGAAGAUGGCAUAGUAGUCAUUCUGGACUUCAUUAUACUAAAAGUACUACUUUUGGAAAAUCGGAUUCUGAAAAUGAUGAUAUUAGAACUAUAUAUGAACGUUGGAAAUUAAGAUUGCCUAAAGAUGAUUUAAUUUUUGAUCAAUUUAGUUCAUGUGUUGAUAGACUUGAAAAAAAAGAGGCCGAAAGAUCACUAAAAUGGGCUUCAUGGGUAUCUUCAAAUAAAUUCGUUAAAAAAUCUGGAAAAUUUGGCUGUAGUAGUUACGUCUUUCCGUGGGAUAAAAAGAUGCUAUUAACGUUACCUUCACAACACGAAAAACAAAUUGAUUUGGAUAUCCCACGUACUUUACAUUCUCAUAUUAUGUUUCGAUCUAGAUAUGGCCCUGGACAAAGAGCGUUAUUUAAUAUACUUCGAGCAUUUUCAAAUUAUAAUACACAAAUCGGUUAUUGCCAAGGGAUGACAAAUAUUGUAACCAUUUUAUUAAUGUAUUAUACCGAAGAGAACGCUUUCAUAAUGUUAACAAAAUUAUUCACAAAAUGUAAUUUACAUAACUUGUUUAUACCUGGUUUCCCCGCGUUAUUGGAAAGUUUUUAUGUUCAGGAAAAAUUAUUGUUAAAAUAUACUCCAAAAAUUGCCUCUCAAUUUAAUAAAAUACAAUUAACAACUACAGCAUAUGCAACAAGAUGGUAUAUAACAUUAUUUACAAGCGAUGUUGUACCUCAUCAUACUGUGCUUAGAAUUUGGGAUUUAUUAAUGUUACAUGGAUUUGAUAUACUUUAUUUUGUCGCUGUUGCUUUAUUAAAAUAUCAUAAAGCAAAGCUAAUAACGUCAUCAUUUGAACAUACGAUGUUAAUGUUAUCGACAACAUUAGUUAUAACAAAUGAUGAUAGAUUAAUAAAAAAAGUAAAAAAGAUGUUUGAUUAUAAAGGUAGAAAAGGAUUAAUCGAUACUUUAAAAGCAGA